AUGGCAGGCCACGAGCUGGGUCGAGCUGCAAGCCCAGCACGAAUCUUGGGACAGCAGUACAAGAAAAGCACAUACGCCUUGCUGAAGCACCAGAUCGAGACGCUCAAGCUUCGUGUGAACGUAGUCUGGAUCGGCAAGGAUUUAAGCAACUACAUCAGUAAGCUUCUGCAGCGCAAACAAGCGGUGAUAUUUUUCAACUGGAGGCCCAGUGCCUUGACGUUCAGGAACCAUGAUCUCGUGCGCAUCGCCUUCCCUCACUGCGAGGACCGUGCCCUGCGGGGAAAUCUCAACAAAUCGAACUGUCCUUUCGGAGUCAACAACAUGGAACGGGUAGCGUGGACGAAGCUGAAGGAUACCGCUCCGGACGUUAAUCAUCUGGUGGAGAAGAUGACCUUCUCCCAGCAGGAGUACGGAAAGCUUCUCGAAUUCUACCAGAACAAAGGCAGCAGCACAAGAGCUCUGCUGCGUCAGUUCUCGGUGCGGGUCGCCGACAAGCCCCUGCUCCACAUAGGCGGUAUCUUUCCCAUCUCAGGCAUCUAUAAUCGCGUGGGCGGCGUGCUUACAGCGGCACGCAUGGCCAUAGACAGCAUUAAUCGAAAGGAGAAUAUCCUCAAGGACUUCAAGCUUGAGAUCCUCGAAGGGGAUGGUCAGUGUGCUCAGGACGUGGUCAUGAAACGAUAUAUCAACUACGUCACCAAUUCCACCUACAAGAGCUUGAUCGGCAUCCUAGGGCCUGCCUGCACCGAUACCCUAGAGCCGAUCGUGGGCGUGGCGCAGCACUACAACACGCCUAUCAUUAGCUACAGCGCCGAAGGAGCCCUCUUCUCCAAGCGCGAAAAGUACCCCUACUUCUUCCGCACCAUUCCUGAGAACCAUAUCUACAGGUUUGUGUACCUAAAGUUGCUGCAGGCUCUGAAGUGGCGGCGCCUGGCAGCGCUCACCGAGGAUGGCCACAAGUACAGAUACUUGAACCUGUUGCACGAUGACAUGCAAAAGCUAGGCCUCAACUUCGUUACCAACCGCAAGUUUCCCCACGACCACGGCACGCACAAUGGCACGCACAGGUCUCAAGACAUGUCCCAGUAUCUGGCUGACCUAAAAUCGCGCAAUGCGCGCAUCAUCAUCGGUGGCUUCGACGAAGAUGCCGCCCGCGCCAUCAUGUGCGAGGCCUACAGGCAGGGCAUGACGGGAAGAGACGGUUACCAGUGGUUUUUGCCGAUGUGGCUGAGCCAGCAAGAGCAGCGCCAUCGGGAGUGGUAUAACACCGAGUACUACAACCAACACUUCAACGAAAGCGUGAACUGCACUGUUGGUGAGAUGAAAGUGGCCAUCGACGGUUACAUGAGCCUGCACCCAAAGGCGUAUGCUGACGACAACGCCACCAUGCAAGACAACAAGACCGUCGCUUCCUGGAAGGCGACGUACAGGCAGAUUGCUCUAGGUCAGGGCAAAGAAGACAGUGAAUAUGGGGGUUACGCGUACGAUGCGGUGUGGGUGUUCGCCCUGGCCGUUGACGCGCUGUUCAAGGUGAACCACAGCUACACGUCGUCCAUUCACGAAGACGCAACAUUUAAGGAACUAAUCCGGCUGAUCAACGCAACUGACUUCCACGGCGUGACCGGCCACGUCCGCUUCUAUCGGUCGAGUCGGCUGACAGACGUCAUCAUCCGGCAGUGGGUGAACGGCAGCCAGCACCACGUGGGCACUUACAGCCCUGGCGUUGGUGACGAGGGUGACCGGCUGGCUCUGGGGCCCUCAGGAUCGCUGAGCGCCAUCCACUGGCCCGCUGGCCGAAACCAAGGCGAUGGUGGAGAAGACCCAGUGCUGUGCCCACUCGAAGGGCUGCGCCGUCUGCUCAACACCAGUUGCGACUUGGCCAUCGUCGUAGCCAACGUCAUCGGACUGAGUCUGUUCGCGUUGCUCAUGAUCGGUGGUUGCGUCGUCUUCAAGAGGAGGUACGAAGAAAAAGUAAAACAGACAGAAGCGCGCAUGCGAGAGCUGGGACUACUGACGUCGAACCACCUACCGUCCCUGGAUGAGUGGGAAAUGCCACGGGACCACAUAGUGAUAAACCGCAAGUUAGGUGAAGGCGCCUUCGGCACUGUGUUCGGUGGAGAAGUGCUGGUGACAGACCAGUGCUGGCAAGCCGUGGCUGUCAAGACGCUUAAGGUCGGUGCCAUCAUCGAAGAGAAGCUGGACUUCCUGAGCGAGGCGGAGAUGAUGAAGCGUUUCGACCACAAGAACAUCGUGCGGCUACUGGGCGUGUGCACGACGGGCGAGCCCGUGUACACGGUAAUGGAGUUCAUGCUGUACGGCGACCUGAAGACGUACCUGCUUGCCCGCCGACAUUUGGUUAAGGAGAGCGAGCGCCACAAGUCCGAGAAGUGUCAGAUCCGCUGCCUGACGGCCAUGGCGUUGGACGUGGCGCGCGGGCUAAGCUACCUUGCCGACUUGAAGUACGUACACCGCGACUUGGCCUGCCGCAAUUGCCUCGUCAAUGCUGGUCGCAGUGUCAAGAUUGGAGACUUCGGCAUGUGCCGUCCUAUGUACGACUCCGACUACUACCGCUUCAACAAGCGUGGGAUGCUUCCCGUCCGGUGGAUGGCGCCCGAGAGCCUGAACGACGGCAUCUUCACUACCAUGUCUGACGUCUGGAGCUAUGGUGUGCUGCUGUACGAGAUCAUCACCUUCGCCAGUUUCCCGUACCAGGGACUCUCUAACAACCAGGUCCUCGAGUACGUCAAGGGAUAUAACACCCUGCCCGUUCCCAACGGCUGCAAGCCUGAGCUGGAGGCGCUUCUACUGCGCUGCUGGGCACGCAACCCGUCGCAGAGGCCCACGGCGUGCGAAAUCGUCGAGAUCCUGGCUAACGACACCAAGCUCAUCUCCCCUUGUCUGGACCUGCCUCCAGCCAGCGUCCAGGUAGAGGGCACCGACUCGCUCGAGCUGACCGCCAUCGGCGACCGUGGCCGCCUCCACUCCAUCUCGUCGCUGGCCCGGCGUGUGGAGUCCACGGAACGCUCUGCUGCCGUCGUGGUGGGCCAUCAGCAACAACAGCCGGGUUCCCCAGUUCCACCGCCGCGUAAUCACCCGGCGUGUCUUAUCCAUCCUGAACUUCGCCCUAAUGUUGCCAACUACAAGCAAACACAUGAGCAGCCCAAGACGAUAUCACCGCUUCUGGGAAACUUGCGGAAAACGCCGAGGUUCUUGUACUCGGCGCGCCUGGCAACCACGACGCUGACCUAGCGCCUUUCCCGUCCCGUUGUCACAUCAGUCAGGGGUGCACGUGCGCUGCCACGUGAGCUUUGCCGCACUACUGCACCUAUGGACGCAUGCCAGUGGCCGGAACCCACCACGUGGCCGCAUCGGUUGGCGACGGUGCGUUCUAGUCUCAGAUCGCGAUGUGCGAGACCAUGAUCACCCAUCACGUGCGCGUGCGCUGUUUUCGAUGUGUGCGGACUGAACCAGCAACGGAACCGGGCAUGCACGCACCGUUUGUACAGCAGUCGCAGUCACCGUCCAUUUUUUCGUUUUGAACACCGCAGUGUCUGUGGUCCGGUUUGAGCUGAGUGCCGCCACGAAUUGUCCCGGCUGACCUGUCGGCGCCUUUGACUUCUGUGGUGCUCGGGCUCGGUCACCCUGAUUAUGCGUUAAUUUAUUACUUUUGUGCAUACUUUGUUCGCUCCUGCUCUGAGACGAAAGUACACAUCCGUCUACAGUGGAAUACCUGGAAAUCAGUUUAUUUUUCGUAUCUUUUGUUUUCGUUACGUUAUAAGAAAUGUAAUUAUUUCUGUUGUACAUAAUAUUCUAUCAUGGAGUGUGUGCUGUCGUUGGGCGAGAAAUUCUUUGAAAGAACUGUUACUCCGCGUUGCUUCACUUGUGAAAUAAAUGCUGCCCAUGCUACUGAGAA